UCGCUCCAUACCAAAGCGUUAGCGCAGUGACUGAGAUAAGAUGUGGUUAUAGAUGCAGCUCAAGUCAAGACAGAGAACGUGAGGACGAGGUGGGAUCACAUUGUCCAUUGUGUACACCGGCAGAGACGUCACUUGGAGUGGUUGUACUAUCCAGAGUGUUGCAUGACUUUCUCUCCGUCGUGCAUCUUCUCCUGGACACGUUCCUACAUGCAGACGACGACUCACGUUUCUUCUUUUUCUUCACCGGAGGCUUAUAAUCCCAAAUGUCACUUUCAGAGUCGGCCUUCUGGGACAUUUGGGGCAAAAGUGAAGCCUUCCGGGCGUCACACAACGCAACACAACGUGCCCAAACCACUUGUAAUAACAAGUGAACUACGAUGUAUGAACAUUCCGCUCAAGCCGAGAGUAAUAAAAAAAAAAUACACCGGACAACUGUGACGUUUAAAUUCAAAUUUAGGAAAACGGCUAAUCAUUGCUAACAGUCGCAAUAUGAACCACGCUGACGUGAAGCACUUACCGACACAGUGCCAGAUUGAAUUAAGUAAAUGCAGUGCUUCAAAUGUAACAGCACUUUCCAACAAUUUGAUUAAUUCCCUGAAUCGUUCAACAAUAUAUCUAAACAGAAGAGUAAUACAAUAUUGUGCUUCUAUAUGAUUUAACAUGUAAUUUAUUUAUUUUUAUUUAAAUUGAUUGUACCUUUGUCGAAAGCAGCUCUAUGAAGCUAUAUGAUGACAUGACCACUUUCCGCAUAAGUAAAUACAAUACUUAAACGUGACAGCACUUUCCAACAAUUUACUUAAUAUAACCAGAGUCGGUUUACUUAACACCCAAAGAAGAGAUAAUCUAAUUAUUGUUAUUUAAUAUGAUAAAACCCCCAUGUAAUCAUGUUAUAUAUUUUUUUUCAGGCCACGACAUUUUGUCGAAAGCUGUGAAAUGAAUCGACAUGACGAGUUUACCCAACCCGGCUAGCUGAAGUUUCAAACAUGGCUUCAGGUUGCAGCUUGUCAACUCUUUUUCCUCUUCAAAGUGUACUCGACGGCGCCUUAGAUGACGCCGCGACACAAGAGUCGAUGGAAGCUCUCGUCUACGAGUAUUUAAAAGACCUAGACGAGAGGGAAGAACUCAAGAUGACCGACUUUGAGACAGGUCUGGAAUGGCUCAACACAGAGGGCCCUCUGUCUUUCAACAGGGAGCUGGCGGGAAAAGUGGUGCUGCUGGACUUCUUUACCUACUGCUGCAUCAACUGCAUGCACAUCCUGCCGGACCUUCACCACCUAGAGCAGAAGCACUCAGUCCAAGAUGGAUUGGUUAUUGUUGGCGUACAUUCGGCCAAAUUCCCUAAUGAAAAGGUUCUGGACAACGUCCGCAACGCCGUGCUUCGGUACGACAUCCGCCACCCGGUAGUGAACGAUGGCGAGGCGUGUCUUUGGCACCAGCUGGAGGUCUCCUGCUGGCCCACGCUAGUGCUGGUGGGCCCACGGGGCAACCUGCUCUUCUCGCUGGUGGGCGAGGGCCACCGCGACAGGUUGGCGCUUUUUGCCGACGUCAGCCUCCGUUAUUACCGGGAGAAGAAGCUGCUGCGGCUGCACCCGGUGGGCGUCAAGCUCUACCGGGACUCCCUCCCCCCCAGCAUCCUGUCUUUUCCCGGGAAAGUCUGCAUGGACCACGGCAGCGACAGGCUGGCCAUCGCUGACACCGGACAUCACCGGAUCCUGGUGGUGUUCUCUACUUGUCAGGUGUUACACAUCAUCGGAGGACCUGAAAGUGGAAGGCGAGACGGCUCGUUGUCUGAAGCCUCCUUCAACUCCCCUCAGGGUGUAGCCAUGAAGGGCGACGUGGUGUACGUGGCCGACACUGAGAACCACCUCAUCCGAAAGAUCGACCUGUCGGAGGGGCGGGUGAGCACACUGGCCGGCCUCGGUGUCCAGGGUACUGACAAAGCCGGCGGUGCGAUGGGAGAUCAGCAGCCAAUCAGCUCUCCCUGGGACGUAGCGCUUGGCUCAGUCGGCGGCGUUGAGGACAAUGUGCUGUGGGUGGCCAUGGCAGGAACCCAUCAGAUUUGGGCUUUGUUCCUAGCAGAUGGAAAACUGCCCAAAGGAAGCGAGUCCAAGGCGGGGACGUGCGUGCGAUGGGCAGGUAGCGGCAGCGAGGAGAACCGGAACAACGCCUACCCGCACAAGGCGAGCUUCGCCCAGCCCUCGGGCUUGGCCGUGGCCCCCGAGGAGCCGUGGAACUGCCUCUUCGUGGCCGACAGCGAAAGCAGCACCGUUCGCACUCUGGCGCUGAAGGACGGUACGGUCAAGCUCCUGGUUGGCGGUGAGAGAGACCCGACGAACCUAUUUGCUUUCGGGGACGUGGACGGGAAGGGCGUGGACGCCAAGCUGCAGCAUCCGCUCGGCGUGGCGUGGUCCCCGCAGCAAAACUUGCUCUAUGUGGCCGACUCCUACAACCACAAGAUUAAAGUGGUGGACCCUAAGACGAAGCAGUGCAGCACUCUGGCCGGCACAGGAGAAUCAGGCGACACUGUGGGUCCUGACUUCAUCACGUCCCGCUUCAAUGAGCCCGGCGGAAUCUGUGUGGGCGCCGGUGGCAAACACCUCUAUAUCGCUGACACCAACAACCACCAAGUCAAAGUACUGAACCUCCACUCCAAGAUUGUCUCACUGUUCCUUAUUUCCUCAGACUGCACAGACUUGACUCCUGCCAAAGCAAAGGGUCCCACCAAAACCCCCAAGAUCCCCCGAGGGGCCGUCAGAGUAGACAUGCCGCCAGUGUCGGUGAGUGCCGGGCAAACCCUCAUCAUGUCGCUCGCGCUGUCGCUUCCCGAAGGAGCCAAACUCACCGACGAGGCGCCGAGCUGCUGGGCCCUCUCCGCCGAAGGAGAUGAGUGGCUGCUAGAUGCUCAGGCGGUCACCGGCGCUAUCACGGAUCUGUCGAAGCCGCUGCAUGUUACCGCCAAACUUCCGGAAGUUCCCAAGAAAGUACAUGCGGGCCUCACGCUGAGCGUCUGGUUGUAUUUCUGCACGGCGGCGGGAGCGACCUGCACCAUGAGAGCGGCGGCUUUCUACCAGCCUCUCCAGCUAAGUGACAUUCCUGCCACAGGGGAAGUCACUGUGACUUUGACGCAUUUCCUCUAAAAAAAAAAAAAAAAAAAAAUUGGAUUUGAUUUUGAAACAAUUUGUUUUCUACAAGAAAUAGUGGAAACCGAUUUCACUUGCAUAAAGCCAAUACUCUAUACAUUACAGUGCAAAAGUCAAAGGUCAACACUGGCUUUGUUUUUAUGGAGACUGCAUCCAUUUAUUUUUUAUAUGAAAAGCUAUAAUAAUAUAUAAUAUCAUAAUAAUAAUAUAUUAAACUAAAUGAAUAAUAACAAUGAUAGUAGUAGUAGUAGUAGUAAUAAUAAUAAUACAUCUCUCAAACAGAUAUGGGAAAAUGUGUUAUGGUCCAAUAAAACCAAGGUUGAACUUAUUCCAAAAGGUGUGAUUGGCGCAAAAACAACACUGCUUAUCACCAAAAGGAUAGUAUAGCCACAGUGACGCAUGGUGAUGGCAGCGUGAUCUUUUUGGGCAAUUUUCCGAAAGCUGGAUCUAAGGACCUGAGACAAAAUGGGGUUGGAAUUAUAAACAGUUUGAAAUAGCAGUCAAUGUUAGCAUAAAACCUUCAGGCUUCUGCUACAAAGCAAAAAAAAAAAAAAAAAAAAAAAAAAACACUAUCAGGAAAAGCCUACUAGAACAGCUGAUUUUUAUUUGCUGUUAAUUACAGGAACUUUAAAUGGCGGCAGGUGUGUGCUGACUCUUUGAAUAUAUGAUUUUUUAAUUCUGAACACAGCCACGUACUAAUUAUAGGAGCGUGUUGUGCACACUUGCAAUCACAUUGUUACAGUUUAGUUUUACUUCCCCUCUUGAAAAUAUCUAUAUUUUUUCAUACAAUUGUGUUGUACAGGUUAUAAAUCACAUCAGUGGAAUGGUUGAUGAUGAUCUGGAUAAAGUGCUAACAAAUACAUGGACAAAAAAAUCCAAAUACAAUCAUAUGAUAUAAGAUCAUUUGGGCAUUGCUAAAACAACACCUCUAAUGGUAGCCUCAGUGUUUUGCACAGGACUGCACUGUAUAUUUAUUCAAUUUCAUUGAAUUGGAUUUGGAAGUUUUGAGUCUUAUGUAGCUUACUUUUCCCCCUGAACAGCGUGGGAGCAACAGCGAUGUCUCUUGUCUGGCUCGGUAACUGGUCGCCUCAGGACCAAAAUGCCCGCGAGAUGGCCAAUUGAUGGAUGAGCUCAAGGUUCUUUCUGACUGCUUCGUCCAUUUGGGUAAAAGUGGGACUCGUCUAAACCUGAUUUUCAUAAGCUGUAGAGACCACUCUAAAACCACUCCAUUAUAUUAUGAUUAUUAUUAUGUAUUGUUACAAAUCAAAGCGCUAACUCUCCUUGACCAAGAGCUGCAGCUUGAAAUAUGAACAUUAGGCUUUAUUUAUGCAAAGACGAGGUGAGGCAAUUCUUGCAAGAAUUUAGUGUUAUGACAACUGAAAGUAACAUUAUGUCAAAAUUUUAUCCCAAAAACAACUUCAAAAUCAUGUUUAGGCCACACUGGCUUCUAAUAGGAGACAUUUAUUUCAUGUUAGCAUUAGCAUGAUCAGAGCUAACAUUCUUCAGCAUCAUGUAUCCAUUAAAUACUUUAUACUUGGGAUCAGAGCUAAGUUACUGUUCAGAAUUGUGUACAAAUGAAUAUCUGCUAGUUAGCAUCAAAGCUAACUUUAUUGUACAUAGUAACGGACCAACCGAAUACUCUCUAGUUGGCACUAGAGCUAAUGUUACCGUUCAAGGUUGAGUACAAAUGGGUAGCUCUCGAGAUAAGAUCAGCACUAAAAUGACUGUUCGGAAAUGUGUACAAACCAAUGAGUUAUUGUUAUCAUCAGAGCUAACGUUACUGUUCAGUAUUGUGUACAACCCAACUGUUCUCUAGUUCGUGUUAGUAUCAGAGCUAACAUUACUGUUUGGAAUUUUUUUACAAACAGGCUCUUCUCGAUUCAGCACCAUAGCUAACGUUAUUAAGUGUUCAGUGUACGGCUCUUCAAAGGUUGCUAAUAGCGCAUUAAAUGUCGCUGUUAUCGAAGAGCAAUAAUGAAUUAACUUCUUUGAAAAUGUAACAGAAGACGUUCUUGAUCUCUGAAGGGAAUCAAAAUGUCACAAGACACUGGUAACAGGUUUGCCCCCACCUCUCCCUAGAGUGCCUUGAAAAACGAUAGGCAAUAAUUAUUUGAUUCGCUGCCAUUGAUGGCUUUUUAAUUCAAGUAUCCAUAUUCACAUAGAGGACUGGCAGUGAAUGAGUUUUAAAAAGCAAUAAGACGGCUCUAAUAAUUCAAACUAGCUUGAGUUUACUUUUUUUGUGGGGCGGAGGGGUACUUCAUUACAAUUAAUGCCUUGACUCCCCCCAAGACUCCCACCUUCCCCGGGCCCCUGCGUGGUAGGUGCCCUGGGUCACCGUGGGGCAACUAAACAUUCAGGGAACACAAAACAAGAACCUUGUGGAUGUUAAAUGCUCGUCAAGCAAUUUGGCCUAAUCGCAAUGAUGGUCUCAAGGGGGACCACACGCCCUUCUUGCACUCAUUCCAAGGGAAUCAUUUAUCUUCUCGAGUGACGUAAGCACCCAGGCAGUCCGGAAUAGUGGUGCCUCUGCCUCCUGAGGGAUUUCAAUAUGUGAGAAAUCCGUCUGUCCAAACAACUUUAAAAAAAUAAAAAUAGGGAAUGCGUCAAGAGCCUAAAUCCAUUUUGUGUGUCUGUCUGUUCAAUGGUCUAAAAUUUAGGGAAGGGCAAUAUGCCCUAGAAAGAUUUUUUUUUUUUUCCCCCCCACAAAAAUCCAAUUUCUGUUUUUAAUUGAAUCAGUUUAUUUUGUGCCCCUUUUGCUUAGAGACAAACUAAAUGAAACGAUAAUGUUCAAAAUGUGUUGUGGUCUGUUUCUUUGAAAAACAUUUCAUCCUCGAAACAAUGCUGACAUAUUUUCCUUUUUUUUUUUCUCUGUGCUGUCUCUGAGUUUUAAAAAGCUGCAGCGUGUGGAAAGGUCAGACAGGCUUUUAAAAGUUGCCUCAAAGCUAUUAUUUUCCAAGUGGUUAAAAGGUUAAAGUUCACCGUGAACUCUGUUGAGUCAAAAUAAAAAAUGCAGUUUUGUGGCCAACUACAGUGAGUGUUUGCGUGUGUGUGUGUCACCAGUGCACCUAACAUUUUGCGUGUAACCAAUAAUUUGACGACAGGUGUCCCAAAUAUUUGGGGUGUACCGGAUCAUUUGGACUUGCUGUACCUAAUAUUAUGGCACUUAAUAAUUUGUCCAUAAUUUCUGUUUCCCUCUGUUGUACCUAAUAUUUUAUAUCUAUUAAUUAGAUAUAUAUAAUUAUAAUUAAUUAUAAUAACUAUUAAUUAGACCAAAGGAGUACCUAAUAUUUUGGGUGUACCUAAUAAAAUGGCUGUAUGUGUACCUAAUAUUUUCCCCUCAG